AUGCUGUUUUUGUCAUUCUUGAUAGUGGAGGGCAAGAUGACACCCUGUUAUUUGCUGCUCCUGUGGCUGGUGGCCGAAUUGUUGCCCGGAUCCUCCUGCGGCAACAACCCCCGCUAUGAGAAGUUCCUGAACCAGCACCGAGACGAUCCCAGGAGCAGUUUCCACGGCCGGUACUGCGACACCCUGAUGCGCAGCCGGGGCCUCACCAGGCCCGAGUGCAAGGAAGUGAACACCUUCAUCCAUGGCUCCAAGAGGCAGAUUCGGGCAGUGUGCAGUCAAGGGGGCGUUCCUGAUGGGCAGCUACAGCGCAGCCGGCAGCCAUUCCGGGUCACCAGCUGCACCCUGAGGGGCGGCUCCGUCCGCCCGCCCUGUGAGUACAAAGAGAACACCUCGCCCAGGUACAUUGUCAUUGGCUGUGAAGACGGCUGGCCCGUCCACUAUGACGAGAGCCGGAUCGUCACCACUGUCUGAAGCUGAGGAGAAGAACCCUGCGGCUUAAGCCAAUGGCACUGCCCCCUUGUGGCAUUCAACACUACUUG